GAAGUGUGGAUUUCACAAGCGAUGUUGCGGCGGGGUACGUUGAGCCGCGCGACCGCAGCCUCGUGGAGUUCAUUGCGUAGCUUUGCUUCCAAGCCAAAGAAGCCCAUCGUGCUCAAUGACUUCAUGCGCGUACGCGAGUUGUCCAAGAAGCUCAAAGUCACCGCGGACGAAGUCGUGAAACACGCUUGCAGGAAGCACUACCGCAAGUACUACAUGACGCAUCAUGACGUCAAGUACAAGUUCGACACACUCAAACAGGUCAUUCUGCCGCUGGAUCUAGCGGCUCGCAUCGCCGAUCACUUUGGCGUGGAGGUCGCGUACGAAGCCUUGGAGCCGCAAGACAUCGUCUCGGACCCGUCGCUCGGCGUGCUGGUGUCGCGACCGCCCGUGAUUGCCGUCAUGGGGCAUGUCGAUCAUGGCAAAACUACUCUCAUGGACACCUUGCGUGGCGCGAACGUGGCCAAGCAUGAGGUGGAGAACAUCACGCAGAAGAUACACGUGUGCGACACGAUGCUGGCGCCCGACGUUCCCGUGACUUUCCUGGACACUCCUGGCCAUUUUCACUUUACGAGGAUGCGCAACAACGCCGCAGACGUAGCGGACGUGGUGGUGCUGGUUGUGGCGGCGGACGAAGGGUGCCGCUUGCAGACGGACGAGUCCAUCGGGUGCAUCGAGUCGCUGGAUGUGCCCACCGUCGUGUGCGUCAACAAGGUCGAUCUCGUGACGCCAUCCACAAUCGACAAGAUCCGAGACCAACUUGACGAAUAUGUGGCGUUGGAGUCGAGUCCAGUGGUGCCCAUCUCGGCCAAACUCGGCACGAACCUCGACACUCUGAAGAAAACCCUGCUGCAUGUUCUGGAAGACCAAGUGCUCACCAUGCACGCACACGUUGAUCGGGGCACGCAAGGCACGGCGUUGGAAGUGGUGGCGUCGAUCGGACGCGGCACGGUUUUGCGCAUUCUCGUCCAGCACGGCGCGCUGCGCGUGGGCGACCACUUUAUCUGCGGCAUGUUGCAUGGCGUGGUGAAGAACCUGAAGCGCGCGAACGGCGAUGACGUGGCAGUCGCGUGGCCAGGGCACGUGGUGGACGUGUGUUUCAAGCGGCUGUCCAAGCACAAGGAUGCGCCGCUCGAGUUUUCAUUGCAUGUAGUGACGAAAGAUCGGGCCGAGGCGGUUCUGCACCAGCGCGAACUGGCCAUGGAUUUCCAAGCAGCGGUCGAAGUCGCCGAUGAUAACGAGAAGGUGGACGACGAGAUGCCGGCCAAGGGGUUCUUUGGCACGCCGAUCGUGAUCAAGACGGACACGGCGGGGUCACUCACGAGCAUUCUGGACACGGUGGACGCGUCCAUGCCUGGCAUCCACACGGCGCACAUGGGGCUUGGCCACGUCACGACCAAAGACGUCGAGCGCGGGUGCACCAUCUUCGGCUUCAACGUCCGCGUGGGAGCCAGGGAACGCAAGCUGGCCAAGGACCAACAUGUGAAGAUUGUGAUUCGACCUACGAUCCAUGAGUUACUCGAAGAGAUUGCCCUCGUUGCUGACGAACACGACGAAGAGUUGAACGAAGUCGGGAAGGACUAAAGCAGCAAUCAAUCAAUCAUCGUUAGAGGUCACUCCAAUAGAC